AUCUACCGCCGCUGACGCAAGCACGUCUACGGAAUAGGAGACGAUCAAGAUCUAGCUACGAAGUCUGGUGCGUAGACAAAUUAGCGGGUAUGUCUGUCUGGGCCAUGAAUCGCGGGCCACUAUGACGAAAGAAAGACCGUUAGUCCCGAGCGAUUCGACAGCUCCAGUCCUAGUUGGCAAGAGUUGGAGGUAUGAUUGGGCAAUGGGGACGAGUUGGAACAAAGGAUCUGAGACCUCGACGUUGGUUCCCGUAUCUGAUGUCAUGGCCGGCAUUGCGGUAACGGCCUUAGACGGUUAUGCAGCCGUGGCGUAAGGGAUCUGAGUCACAUCUUCGAAUAUGAGCGAUCGACCCACCCAGCAUCUCCCCGACGUGUAUAAGAGUGCCAGCUUCUCUCGCGAGGCGGACCAGAAGAAGGUUGCCAUGGAUUAUAUACGCUAAGCGUACCACACAACCAUAUAUUGGCGCAAUAUACAUAUCCGGUGAUGGCUUCGUACACCACGUCCCAGGAUGCCAUGCCUCACCCCCCGGGGUCGUACCCAGCAGACACGUCAACGACCGCAGAAGAUCCGGGCCUAAUUCUUUCAGGAUCCCGCCGUCCGCAAGAUUCCAACGUACAGGCCGGCACAGAGAAGGUCACUCGCGGACACAUGUACAAGGACUCUGGAAUUGGUCUAGAAGACGAAAGCAAGUAUUCGAACCCGACGUUUAGAGCCCAUGAGCCUGUUCCCGCGGAGGGGGCAUAUAACGUGCACAAUAACAAUGCGGUCUUAAAAAACCGAGACACUGUAGCUGCCACAGUACCUGCUACUGCCGGCUCCAGGAGUGACCAUCAAGACCAAGCUACUAAGCCCGGUAUGUUAUCUAGCACAUAUGGCGGCAAGGAUGACAAAAAUGGUGGUCAUGCUAUACCCAAGCCCGCUACGUACAACGGGCCCAGUAUGCUCCAUGAUACGGCCAAAGGGCUUAGCUCUACUGGCCCCGCGACCGACACGGCUUCGGCAAGCGCAAAUACUCCCUCUGGUAGCGAAUCUAGAAGUGGUAGCGAUGGCAACAUUAUUCGAAGCGGCCUAGGGCAAAAAAGCACUUUCGAAAACGAAGAGCCGUACUGGGGGGAUAUUGCUCACGGCACCGGGAUAUACAACACCGUCACCGGGCACGGCAGCUCAGAAACGCCCGUUGGGGGAUCCGUCCACACUCGUGAUCUCCCCUCGGUUGCGGGGCAACGGCAACCAAAUCCGCCCACAUCUUCGGAUGCUACCACGAGAGACGAGGCCGCUCAUCCGCCCGGAUCACGGUUCAAGGAAGGCAUAGCUGCUUCUAGCGCUGUCGCGGGUGCGGGUACUGCUGGAUCCAUGAUUGCCAGAGGCCGAGACAAGCCUGGGGAAGACAGCGUAAAAGAGCCUGCCCCUCGGAAAUAUAACGAAGCAGAAGUCAAAAAAGAGGGCAGGCUUGCGAGCUUAUUCCACCGCGAUCAUCAUAAUGAGAAAGGAACCGGGCUUGGGAAAAUUCACAGGGGAGAAGAAGGGAAGAGUCAACAAGGGCGAAAGCCAAGUCAGGAAGGGAGCCAUCUAGCUAGUAGGGAUGCUGGCUCUGCUGCUGCCGCUGCGACAGUGGCAGUGCCGAAUUCGAGCCACGAUGUCGCUGAAAAACACGACAAGAAGGACAGGGAAUUUAAGCUCGAUAAUAACCACGGGGCAAACAAGCUGGCAAAGGACAAGAAGACGCGAGCCCAACCUCAGGGGUUCAAAGAUCCCUUUCUCGCCACAGGGUACGCCGGGCCCAACAGCCAGAACCCCACGAUGACUACGGAAAACGCCCCUCUACCCACUGGGAACACGCACUCUCUACCGACCAGUGGGAUUCACACCAAUCAUCCGGGGGUCGGCGACUCGACCUCAAACUUCGGCGCCGGCGGCCAUCCUCUUCGAGACACCUACAACAAGCCGGUGUCCGAAGGCACCACCGGUCACGACAACAAGGCAAAAACCAGCCACAUCGGCGCCAAGACGGCCGCCACCGGCGCCGGCCUUGUCGGUACUAGUCUUGCGGCAACCCACUCCCUCGGCGGACGGAAAGACGGGGAUCGGGAUCGGAUAGCAAGGCCCUCUAACACAAGCGAAUUGGCAGGUAACCCUAUUGCCGGGCCCGUUCAUCAACCCCAGCUCGCAACGGCGAACCCCGACUUCGACAGCCACACCCAUGGUAGCUCGCAAAGGAUGCCAGAACCAGGCACAUCAUCGGGUAUGGAUAUCGGAGCCGGCCACCAUCUGCAAACGUCUCGAAGCGGCUAUGAGCCUGCCGCCGCCACGUCGUCUAUAUCCCCAACGGAUACUUCCUUCAACAACAGCGCGAGGGGCAGCAGCCAGCGCAACGGCCUCAGCGCCGCCACUACGGCCGCGGGUGCGGCUGGCGUGGGCGCCGGAGCCAUCGCGCAUCGCACGGGGCGCGGCAACAAUGACCUCGGCGCGGGCAACGGUAGCAGCAGCAACACCAAGGGCCUCAGCGCCGCGGGGACCAGCGAGCCGCCACCCAAUGCCGCGGCGAAGGCGACUAGCGCCGGCAUGGGCCGGCACUCGCUGUCGCCGUCGUCGGGCGCGAGCGCGCACAGCGGUAAGUACAACGUGCUCGCGUCGGGGACGCCGUCGGGGAUCAACCUCGAGGAGCGCGCGCGCGACCACAUUGCGAGCGCCGGCCAGCCGCAGCACUGCGGCACGGGUGCCGCCGGCAGCCGGAUGCGCGUCCCGCCCACCGCAGAGCCUGUGAGCACGGGACAGAAAGGAGGAGGGGCAGCUGUCAGCGCGGCGACGGCGGCGGCGGGCGCGGGGAUCGGUGCCGGCGUCGGCGCGUUAAGGAGCCAGACGGGCAGGAUCAUGCACAGGUGCGCGAGGUGCGGCGCCGAGGAGGAUAUCAGCGGGUACUUGCACCAGGGGAAGUGAAGGAGAGGCUAGAGGGCUGGUGGUGGUGGUGGAUGGGUUUCGCGGUGUCGCGAGAUAUUCUGGACUCGGGCUAGAGGCUCUAUGAUAUCUCAUAUGUGAUGAACGGAAGCCCGUUCCCGGUGGGCGGCGUUUAUGGGCAAGUUGUGUAAGGGUUCGUAAUAGGCACGCUGCCUGUAACGUCUCUCUUUAACUGUGAUGGUUGCCAAUGCACUCGCUCAAGUCGAGGGAGAAAUAUGAAUAUCGUUAAAUUUUCACAGUUGUUU